AUGAACCUUUGCAAUGUGAUUGAAACGGCAAAUAAACGCGCAGCUCAUGCAAAAGGAUUGCUGAGUUGUAAAGAGAGUCUGGCGACAGGAAAAAAAAACACAAGCAUUCACUACUUUCGGAAAUCAGGAGUCAUGAUAACAUGUGCGCUACUCUCACAAACCAUGGAUGAAAUUGAUGCUGUCAUACGCUUUGGCGACUCUAGAUCAAUUUGUCGAACCGCAGUGCAGCAAGGCGGUGUAGCUGAAUCCAUUACGGAUGUGCCAGAAUACAUACCAAGACGUUCUCACGGUGGAGCUAAGAGUGUGGCAGAGCUCAUCAUUUGUUCUUGGACUUGGGCAAUCAAGAAGUGCAGAAAGCGAUCAAGUACCAGAAAAGUGUACCGCAACAACAUGUGCUGGCUGCUUGGUGUUGCAGUUGGCAUCCUGCUAGCAGUCAUCGUUAUUGCAAUAGUUCUGGAUUCAACUUACCAUCUAACAGCUGCAUGA